AUGAAUGCCCGUAUGACUGGUGCCAACGUGACGCUGGAAGACUUGAAAGUGAAGGUGGAAAAUGCGCUGUUAAUUGACGAGAAACCUGGUUUUUUAAGCUCGCUUUCCAGCCUGGCUCAAGCAAAGAACGAUAGAGAACAAGACCAAACAGCCGAUGAAGAGCGGUACACGUUGCUUUUCUUUACGUGGGAGAUAGGCUGCGGAUACCUUGACGACGACUCCCUCCAGGUUCUCGCAAAAGUGGAGAAUCGAUUUAAAGAGGCCCCAAACAUUUCUGAUUGGUUGGGUCUCUCAAACAUUAAAGCUGAAGCCGUUAUAAUGGACUGGAUGGUUGGAGAAUAUGAUCACGUUUCGAGUGUGCGUGUUAAAAGACAAGCGUUUCAGGGAUACCAGCCAAUUUAUCCAUCCCGCACGGCAGGUGCUGUCACCGAAGCCUCUGGCUUGUCACCAUCUGAUCUAAGAGAAACACUUUUUUUGUCUUCUAACUCAAACUUGCCUGUCCUAGUACAACCGGUUGUACCAAUUGAAAUAACCGUUCAACAGAUAUCGAACAUCAAAAUACCUCCCAACACAUUUCGUUCCACUGAUGGGACAAAACUACAAUUGCGAUUGUAUGAACACAUUUAUCCUAUUCAGUUUGGACUGGAUUUUAAAGAUCCUUCUGCUGCAACGGGUCGUGAAAUUGGUAGCAACGGGGCAAGUUGGAUUUCUUUUGAUGCGACCAACGAAAUCCUUCGCCUCCGUCCAUACCCCGAGCACGAAGGUACACACAAAUUCGUCCUCUGUGCCUACAACAUCGCAAACGGUCGCGCGUGCACCCAGGAUGAUGCCAUUAUUAAAACCAUGCUGACUGCUUCAGCUGCUUUCGAUAGCGGUUUGGGCACUGCCAACAUCAACGUUCGAGUGAAACCACCAACUCCUAUUAAGAAGAGUUCCAUCGUUCACGUACCUCCAGAUACUGUAAAAUUAAUGUCUAGAGAGGAUCUGAGGUCGCCUGUGCGUGAAUUUCUAUGCGAGUGCAAACGCAGUGAAUACAUUGCCUUACUCACGCAAGAAAGUGGUUUGAAUUAA